AUGGAAAAGCGAGCUACGAGAAUAUUGGUUUUGAUAGCUCUUAUUUGUCAGGGUUUAGAGUCUUUAUUAGCUUUACUACAACAGCAUACUAGUACAGAAGAGCAAAGGCUGAGAAUGUUCUCCUUUACCUUAAAAUACGAGUCAAUAUCUGGAAAAGAAACUUUAUUCUCCAUGGCCAAGCUUGAAUUUUAUUUCGAUCCAUUGUCAGAACCUUGUAGAUCUGUGCAGAUUUUUCUAGACGCCAAUAACAUUCCUUAUGAGCCAAAAUAUGUCGACUUAUUAAACGAUGCUAACCGAACAGAGGAGUACAAAAAGAUCAUUGCAACUCAGACUGUACCUGCUAUUACCCAUGGAGAAUUAAAGCUGUUUGAGAGUGUUGCCAUCUUGCAAUAUCUGGCUGAAGCAUUCUCAACACCAGACCAUUGGUAUCCUAGUGAGAUGAAGAAACGAGCUCGGAUUAAUGAAUAUCUGCAUUGGCAUCACUUGAAUGCUAGAUGUAAUGCUGGCUUACUCGUUAUCAUGAAUUAUAUUUAUACUCCCUAUUUCUAUAACCAGAAGGUUAGCGAAGAGGAAAAGAAAGCCUCCAUUGUUUCUAUGGAGCGGGUGUUGGAUACAUUUGAAAGUUAUUUCUUGAAAGAUAACAAAUUUAUAGCUGGGGAUGAAAUAUCCAUUGCUGACUUGAUGGCAAUAGGAGAGUUUAUUGCUCCUGAUAUUAUUGGAAUCUACGUAGGCAAGCAUCGACCAAGAGUUGCAGCAUGGCAUGAUAAUGUCAAAGCUGCUCUAGGACCAGUUUAUGAUAGCGCCCAUGCGGAUCUCUAUAAACACAUGGACGAUAUUAAAGAUUUAGUACCUCCUGUUGACUACUAA